AUGAACUCCUCCUCCACUCUCGCUUCCUCCUCCUUCUCUACAUCCUCAUCUCUCUUCCAAUACAAACUCAUUCCCAGUAAACCAACCCAACCUUCCCUUCUCCGUUUUGACCCUCCCCAUUCCCACAAUUCCCACAAUGUCCCUGCCCUUAAAGUCACAGCCUCCUCCGCCGCCCACCACCACCGACCCCUCCUCCCAGGUAACACCCAUAACAACCCAAGCCCGAUUCUUCAAACUCUUAAACAUUACGCCAAAACCGCCAUUCUCAUCGGAGUCACCGCCGCCGUGUUCACCACCAAAUCAUCGACUUUGCUCGCCAUAGCCGAACCUACGCCGACAUUGUCCGACUUCCUGGGUUCGAAUUCGGAAGCCAUCGGUGCCCUGAAAUCGCUUCUGCAGCAGAAGCUCGAAAACGGCGAGGACGACGAGGCGCUCAAGAUCCUGCAGCGCUUGGUCGAGGCGCAACCGUCCAAUACCGAGUGGAAGUUCAUGAUGGAACGAGAGAACGAGAGAACGAGAGAGAGCCUGAGGUUCGGGUUAUGCGAGAGAGCUCUGAGGUGA